UGUUAACAGAUGAGAUGAUUUAAAGUGUGUUGUUGUGUUGUCUUGCUGCAGUGUUUCAUGAACAGCAUCCUGCAGUGUCUCAGCAACACCCACAGCCUGAGAGACUACUGCCUGCACAACUCGCACCGCAGAGACCUUAACAACAACAGCCGCACCAACACGGCCCUCAUGGAAGAGUUCGCUAAGCUGAUCCAGACCAUGUGGACGUCGUCCAGCAGUGAAGCCGUCAGUCCGUCUGAGUUCAAGACUCAGAUCCAGAGAUACGCUCCCAGAUUCGUGGGAUACAACCAACAGGACGCUCAGGAGUUCCUGCGGUUCCUCCUGGACGGGCUACACAACGAGGUGAACAGGGUCAGCGUCAGGCCGAGAGGCUCCGUGGAGGACUUUGACCACCUGCCGUGAGUCGCCCGUCUCACCUGCAUGGACACCUUCCUUCACUGAUGUGUCCUUCACACUCAAUAACCUCAGGACGAGCAGGAGACAUCAAACACAUCGACACACGGCACACAGCCA